AUGCAGUUCGCAUUGCCUCCGCGGAGGAGCCCUCUUCCUCACCCGGGCGCCCACUCUUCCCGACUUCCGCUAUAUCGGAAGAAGCAGCUGAAGACAGUUGCUUUGUUUGCGCUUGCGAUUCUUUCCAUCUUAUAUCUGAUCUCUCAUCUCUUCUCCCUCGGCUCGACUUCCAUUGCAACGCCGGCUGGUACGGCGGGCGUGGUCAUCGUUACGGUGCUGGAUCGACAACGGUUUAGCGAUAGCUACAUCAACAAGAUCGUUACGAAUCGAGAAGACUACGCAAAGCGCCAUGGCUACACGAACUUCUUCGCAAGCGUCUCCGAAUACAAUGAAGCUAUCGGCGAUUCCCCCCGAAGCUGGGCUUUGGUCCCAGCUGUUCGACACGCAAUGGCGCAACACCCUCACUCGAAAUAUUUCUUUCACCUGAGUCCUCAUGCUCUCUUCAUGAAUCCGUCGAAGUCCCUCACAUCCCUUUUGCUAGACCGGAAUCGCCUCGAAGGGUUGAUGCUGAAGGACCAACCAGUCGUGCCACCAGACAGCAUUAUCAGAACAUUCUCACAUCUGAAGGAGAAAAAUAUCGAUCUCAUCGCCACCCAGGAUGGGGAGGAUCUCUGCGCCGGUAGCUUUAUCCUCAAGAAUGGCGAUUUCGCGCGCUUUUUCUUGGACCUGUGGUUUGACCCGCUUUACCGGAGCUAUAACUUUGCAAAGGCGGAGACUCAUGGCCUGGAUCACAUUAUGCAAUGGCACCCAACUGUGCUAUCUCGGACUGCUUUGGUUCCGCAGCGUAUCAUGAAUGCCUAUAGCAAAGACUCAUUGGGUGCUGCUAUUGAUGGGACUUACAAAGAUGGAGAUCUUGUUCUCAGAUUCCCGGGAUGCGAAGAUGGCAGCAGUCGUGAUUGCGAGGAACUGGAGUCAUAUUACGGCCUGUGGCAGAAAAAAAUCAAGAGUAGUUGA